GCUGCGCCUGUUUGUCGUGCGCGAGCUCGAAGUGCGCCGGGAAGAAGGAGCCCCGGACUCGGAAACUGUGAGCGGGAGAAGCGAAGCCGUGAACCACUCGGACAAGCUGACGACCAGCUAGUUUGUGUACAAGUGAAAAGUGCUGCGGGGGGCGACUCAUUCACUCACUGUGCCGGCGUCUCUCUGCCGAGUUGAGCUUUUCGUUUCCACGACUCAAGUUCGGUACGAACUUUGUUGCGGUACAAAGUUUGUCAGAGUUCGUCAGGUAACUUCUGGCGGCUCCGUCGGCGAACCCGCGUUUAUUGCUACAACACAAGAGUUCUUGUUUAUUAUUACCGUUUGCUUUUUUUUUUGAGGGGGGGGGAAUGUGAGAAACGGGUUUCGGCGGCGCUCCAGUACUAAGUGUGUGAAAGAGAGAGAGACAGUCCGUUCGUCAGUUCGGUCGGAGCGCGGCCAUGGAGGUCCGCGCGAACCGCACCGAGGUCUACGUGUACGAGCAGGCGGCGGUGCUGCUCUCGUGCGCGCUCUCCGUGCUCGGCUCCGCGCUCAUCAUCUUGACGUACGCGGCGUGGCCCGAGCUGCGCAGCACCCCCAGGAAGCUGCUCGUGUACCUGUCCGUCACCGACCUGCUCUCGGCGCUCGCCUUCUCGUACGGCGCGUGGCGGAUGUUCCAGCGGCAGACGUGGGACUGCGUCGUGCAGGGGGCGCUCUCCACGCUCGCCAACACCAGCUCCUUCUUCUGGACCGUGGCCAUCGCCGUGUACCUCUACGUCUACAUCGUGAGGUCGGACCAGAGACUGGCCGACAGCCUCGUGUCCUGGUUCCACCUGGUCAGCUGGGGUGUGCCCCUGGGGAUCACCGUGGCAGCCCUGUGCCUGCACAAGAUUGGCUAUGAUGCUUCGGAGGUGACUGUGGGCUGGUGCUGGGUCAACCUCGAUGCCGAAGACCACGUGCUGUGGAUUCUGCUAACUGGGAAGAUCUGGGAGUUCCUGGCCUACCUCAUCUUGCCCGUCCUCUACAUCCUCAUACGGAAGCACAUCCGCAGAGCGCAUGCUGCUUUGUCAGAGUACCGGCCCAUCUUGGCCAACAGUCAACACACCCAUGUGCCCUCUUCUAUUGCUGAUCGGAAGAUGACGCUCAUCCCCAUCAUCUUCAUUGGCCUCCGGAUAUGGAGCACUCUGCGCUUCCUGCUAAUGCUGGCAAACUCGCCUGCCAGGCAGCACCCUGUGCUUGUUACCCUACACGGAAUAGGAAACACCUUCCAGGGGGCAGCCAACUGCACCAUGUUUGUCCUCUUCACCAAGGUGGUGCGUUCCCGACUUGUCGCUCUCUUCUCCUGCUGCUGCAAAGAUGCUCAGCCUGGCCGCCAGUUUUCUGGAGACAUCCAGCACUGACGCCACCUCUCAGAUGGAGGACAGAGGCCUGCGACCUGGCUUAUUAAACUGCAUAGGAGUGACGAGGAGCACUCAACAGUGACUGUAGUCCAGUGGGAUGAAGUGGAAUGUCAUCGACUCUCCAGCACUUUCUUUAUUCACGAAGUGCCUUCGGGAAACCUGUAGCAGACAUGACACUGCUGCACACAACUUGAGUUCUUGGUACCUGGUACGGAAUAGCUGCUUCACUUCUGGUCUUAAUUGAGGAUCUGUCCGUAUUGAUGUCUGCGUAUCGGCCAAGCACGCAUCUGUGCUGCCAGCUGUUGAACUGUGGUACCGAGGCCUUUUCACAUGAUGGAUCACCAGAUGGGGACCACGCUGAGGUGGUCUGGGCUGCUCAUAGGUGACCACUCAGUUUGGUCCUGCCCUUCCCCCCUCAAUAGUCCAAGAAAAGACUGUACUUUGAGUGAUGUUCAGAUAACAGCAAAAAGUAUAAAUGAUCUCUUUUUGAUGUGUUCUAUUGCCAGUGCUAGUAUUUAUAUGCAGUUAUGCCUUAAUUUGUACAUAAAUGACAUAUAAAAACUUGUACAGUAUAUUUUAAUUUGUUCGAGGCCCUCGUGCAGCUCUGUGUGCCACUCAUUAGAGGGUGGUUUGAAGUUGUAAUAUCCUCAGUGUGGGGAAAUCAGUCAGUGUGGAAUAUUUUCUGGGAUUGUGCAAACUAUUUUUACAUAGCUUAUGCCACUCAUCUUUGCUUGACCAGUGAUGGCAGCUGUUUCUGCUGUCAGGUGGCCUUUGUCAAAAGUUCUUCCUGCUUGGGUUGUAAUUCCCCCCUGUCAUGACUGGUCAGUACUGACAAUGCAGACUCUUCCCUCUGUUGCGUGUGUGUGUGUGUGUGUGUGUGUGUGUGUGUGUGUGUGGGGUGGUGGUUCCCCCCCCCCCCUUUCCAAAUAUCAAUUUAAAGAUGAAAAAGUUGUGAAAUACAAAAGUGACAAUCAAUAAAA